UCGACGCUCAUUUUCAGCGUCAAAACAGGUAACAUGAUCCAAAUUGACGAAUAGCAAGCAUCAAUUUUGAUCAGGUGACCUGUUUUGACUCUGAAAGUGAGCAUUCAGCGUUUGCAUGAAAAAACAGUCUAAUAUCGAGACGAAUGAAGCAAAAUGACAAAAUGAGUCAUAAAUAUAGAUAUACCAAGAUCCAAAAAACAAUGAUGCAUUACGUGCGAUUUCAGUGUGCCUUUUUUCUUGAGGAAGCAAACUUUCUUAAUCUUCAUUUAUUUAAAAUGGAUGACGAAGAAAUAAUACAAUUGCGUGCUCUGAAAAAACAACUCCUGGAAAAGGUUACUUAUUUGGAAAACAGGUUGAAGAAUCAAGAAGAAAAUGGACAUAAAAAAUCAAUCGAUUUCAACACCACGCUGUUUCCUGAUGAACAUGAACUGUCAGAAUCCUCAUCUACCAAGUACAAAGCUAAAUUAUGUGAAAUUACAGCUAAAGUCACAGGAAUAACAUUCGAAAAUGUCGAUAGAAAAUUGUUACGUGAUGAUAUUUAUAUAUAUACAGCUGAAGUAAUAACAAAAACAAUCUCCUUUAAUAUUGAAUUAACAGUGAUUUUGAAGCAUUUAAAUGAUGAUUUUAAAAUCAAGAAGAUAAUGUCUUAUUUUAAUAAAAAUAAAUAUCAUUAUUGCAUAUUGGAAAUAUCCCCUUGGUUUCAGAAAAUUACAAAUAUGACAAACUUUUCUCUUCUUAUGUCUACACUUUCUGAUUACAAUGCAAAGAAUAUCUUUAGAUCUAAAAUUCUACAAAGUUUAGAAAUACAGAAAUAUGCAAGCUCUGAGCAAUAUACUCAGGAAAAUGGAGGUAUAUUAGUAUAUGUACAUUCAUCUGUAGAUACAGAGAAAAGCUAUGUGAUAUUUCAAUGGACAAUGAAAUUUUCGGACCUAACGUGGCAGAUUGAACAUUUCUUUACAGUAAAAUCUACAGACAUAG